AUGUCAUAUUUUGACAAACAAUUCAAUCAGGCACGAUUGGCAGCCCUCUCAAACUACAAACUUGCAAUUAUCACUUUUACACCGACCAGCAAUGGCACAUUACGAAAGACAGCACUCAUAAAGAACUUGAUUCAAGAUAUUUAUCAAAAAAUACCAUUCGAGUAUAUUGAUAAUAUGGUCAGAUGGGAGUUUUUUCGGCCUGAGCUGUUUGAAUCCGUGACACAGGACUAUAUUGAAAAAAUUAUUCAUCGAUACUUACAGAUUAUUUACAACUCAUCUAUUAGUCAAUGCCACAAAGACCAACAGUUCUUGUAUUUAAGCUAUACUUCUUCAGCACCAAGCAUAGCAGCUGAAGAAAGAAAAGAAGAAGAAGAAGAGGAUGAUAAUCAGUACUAUGGGUCAUUAUUCUCUCAAUCAGACCCAAAUAUCUUAUCUAUGGACUCAUUUUGUACUAUUGAAAGCGAUUUCGAAGAAGAAAUGACUAAUAGUUUAAAGCAAGAUGAAUUGUAUCCCUUCUCUAUCGUGAAUCACUUUUUCAAUCAAGAAAGUGAUCAAGAAUACUCGGAUAAUAGUAAAAUAACAAGAAAAAGAGCAAGCUGGAAAGGUGAUUCCACAGAUAUAUCAACCAUUACGUUAGCAAGUGAGCUAAUGAAUUUAUUUGACAUGGAUUUUAAUGUGGAUCUUUCUUUGCCUGGUGCGAGAAAGCAUGAAAGUUUCUCGAAUAGUAACAGUAGCACAUCGCUUCAUAAUGUCUAUAAUGCCCAUGAUGACGAUGAAGAAGGAAACGACGACGACGACGACGGCAAUGACGACAAACAAGAAGAUGGUAGCAGCAUUCAAAGCCUAAAAUCAGAACAUUGCUUUGAAAACGCAUCGAGUAGCGAAUCUCUCUCUAAGCAAAGUACAAGAUCAUCGUCACUUCAACACCUUUAUUCGUCCAUGGCACAAAACACAUGGGAUACCAUAAAUCAAUCAUCCCACUCGUUCUCAACAACAAGUACCUCGUCUAAAAUUACAAGAAAUGUUUAUGCUUACUACUUUUCUUCUAAUUCUGAUAUUUUUGAAGAAGAGGAAGAGAAAAACAAGCGGGAAAAACCUCUGAUAUGCAAAAAGACAAAAGAAGGCCAAAUAGUGGUCAUAUCUCCACCUGGAAGAAGUUCUUCCUUGGCAGAACAUCAGAAUCAGAUACAUUCCAAACUCCAAGCAUCCAACCCCCCUAGUCGAAACAGCAGUCCAUCAAGUCAGAUCUCGGAUACUACAGCAGAAAGUACCUCAUUGACAUCUUCAACUAUAUACUAUCAUCCUAUCAAGAAAUCCAAAAGCAUUUCUUAUGCGGAUAAACCAGCCACAAAAAAGAAAAGCACACCUCCUUUAAGACAAGAUAAUCAGCAACUCGAUAAGACAGAUCAAAAGAAAAAGAAACAAGCUUUCCAGGUAUCGAUUAAAAAGAUUACAAGUUUUAUGAAAAAGAGUACUACUCCACAAGAAGCAGAGAGCGAGAAUAACUCAAAAUCUAUACCCUCAGAAGAUUCCACUCAUAAUACUAUUAUACCUCAAGCCAAUACAUCUAUAGAUGUAACAAAAAGACAAAAAUCAAAAAGAUACAGCUUAUUUAGAAACUCGAUUGCAUCAAGUCUAUUCGGAGAUGACCAGAGCAAUGACGAGUCUUCCUCCAUUAAAUCUAAUUUAAGUAUACGUACGACCACAAGCUGUCAAACAAUGCCCACUCUUCCUUUUGAUACCGAUUCCAAUCGCAAAAGCCAAACGAAGUUCGCUAUCAACCCUCUCCAAAGACGUUCUCGGUCUUCUUCUUUUACUAGCGUUAAAUUCUUGACACGUAUAUAUAAAAGCGACAAGUCAUAA